CACAAGAAGCCUUUUCAUCUCGCAGCCGCAGCCACCACACAACCCGAGUGAAGCCACAAAGACACAGCGUUAACGCACAGAGUCAACGAGACGGCGACGAAGAAAGAAAGCGGAAGACCGAGAAGACCUGCUAUAAAGAUAGAUAGAAUAAAACAUCGUCACAAUGGUGCUCAGUGAACAUGCCCUGCGAAAGUGGAAACUGGCUACCUACGUUGCCACAUCCGCCACAGCAAUUCACCUUGUUUUCUACAACGAAUAUCAAAUCCCUGGCUAUCAAGGGAAACAUUGCUUUACAGAUAUUCAAAGGUUUUACCGACAAUGGGUCGACAGGAAUGUUUGGGGACAACAGAAUCUGACCGCACCCGCAACGGACAAUGCCUCUUCGCAACAACAACAACAACCCACAGCUUAGUUAGACUAGUCAGACUUUUGGAGUAACCUCUGUGGUACAGCAGGUGGAGGAUCACAUUUUAAAAAAAUGUCAAUUCAACAAUCUGUUUUCCGGCAUUUGGGGCCUGAGACUUACUUGGUGGAUGGACUUGAAACAAACGUGAAGCAACGAACAGUUCUACAGUACUAGUACCGUACGUUUUUCAUUUUUUUUACGAUGUGGCAUUCUAGCUAUAUAGCUAGCUAGUUGCUAGUUCCUUGGAUGGCACAGGUAGCAUUCAGCUGCAAGAUCAAACUUCAUUCUAACUAGUACAUGAAUAAGUUGUUUAUUCUUGAAUUAAGCUUUACUUUUAUCU